AUGUUCAAUGUAAUAUCAUCUAUAAUUAAGCCCUUGAGCAAUGCAAAAAAUAGUGGCAAUAAGUUAUCAUCAGACAAUAAGGUGACCAGCAUAAGCAAUAAGUUACCGGCUCAUGGCAAAUGGCAUUAUGGUGAGAAUUGGCCGAAUCACGGCUGGAAAAAGUGCGGCGGACAACAACAGUCACCCAUUAGACUCAUAUCGCAAAACUCCGAGUCCCGUGAAAUGCAUAUUAAUUUUAGAAACUAUAAGAAACCCAUAAAAUUAGCUUAUAUUCAAAACAAUGGACACACCGUUCAGAUUGGAUUUGCCGAUAAAUUUAAAAUAGCAGUUUAUGGUUCGGGAACUAAUUUUCAAUCAUAUUUAUUCAAACAAAUGCAUUUUCAUUGGGGUAGUUAUAAUGGUGUCGGAGCUGAACACCUAAUCGAUGGAUAUAGGGGUCCAUUGGAGUUGCAUUUAGUUCAUUAUAAUAAAAAAUAUGGAGACUUUGAUACGGCUAUGGAUAAAGUUGAUGGACUUGUCGUUUUAGGUGUUAUUUUUAAGAUUAGUUCCCGAAAUAAUCGUUUUAUGUCAACUGUAAUAGAGUUAGUCAAAGAAGUUCCCAAAUAUAAUGAUAGAGCCUUUAUAUUGCGUUCAUUUACAUUGCGAUCAUUGUUACCGUCGAGAAUAAAGCCUUUCUUUGUCUACAACGGUUCCCUAACAACCCCUCCCUGUCAUCAAAGCGUUUUGUGGUAUUUAAUAACAUUUUCUUUUGAAAAACAGUUUCGAAAGUGUCGGUCCGAAAAUAAUAAUCCAAAAACAGGUCGCAAAAAAACCAUUUCAAAUAACUUCAGACCCAUUCAGGCUCUAAAUGAAAGACAAGUCUAUAUCUCGGCUUAA